AUGACCAGCCAACGGGUGCCCAUUGAGCCUCAACGUGUUGACGCUCCAUUGACUCAAUGCGCAACCUUCCUCGUCGUAACUGCAACCAACAAAUCAAAUUCAAUUCAAACCAUCAAAUCCACCCUAGCUGGCCUGGAUAGUCUCGCUAAAAAUGUUUCUAUUCGCGAUCUCAACGCCCAAUUCGCCUGCACAGUGGGCAUAGGCAGCGAUAUAUGGGGCAGUCUAACUGGACUCCCGCGACCAGCCGAGCUUCACCCCUUCCGUGAGGUCAAAGGGUCCAAGCACACGGCUGUCUCAACUCCAGGCGACUUACUGUUUCAUAUCCGCUCUGAGCGCCGCGAUAUCUGCUUCGAGUUUGAACGCCAGCUAAUGGAUCAACUGGGCGAUUCCAUAUCUGUUGUCGAUGAGACGGUUGGAUUCCGAUACUUCGAUGUCCGUGAUCUUCUGGGUUUUGUGGAUGGCACGGCUAAUCCUGUCGGGCCAGCUGUACCCUCUUCCGUGCUUGUUGCAGAGGAAGAUACAUCUGCGCAGGGCGGGAGUUACAUCGUUGUACAGAAGUAUACGCAUGCUUUAGAAUCAUGGAAGAAGCUCCCCGCGGAGCAGCAGGAGAAGAUUAUCGGGCGCACUAAGUUGGAUAAUGUUGAGUUGGACGAUGCAGAGUCUGGGCAGCGGUCUCACAAAACUCUUACCACGAUUGAGGAUGAGCAGGGUAAUGAGCAUGAUAUUUUGCGAGAUAACAUGCCCUUUGGGUCGCCUGGCUCGGGUGAGUUCGGGACUUAUUUUAUUGGAUAUACUCGUCGUCUGUGGGUCAUUGAGAAGAUGCUGGAGCGCAUGUUUGUCGGGGAUCCGCCUGGCUUGCAUGAUAGGUUGUUGGAUUUUUCGACUCCUUUAACAGGAACUACCUUUUUUGCGCCUUCAGCCAGUCUUCUGGCCAGUCUAGACUCUGACUGA